AAGUUAUGGCAUGCUGUCAGUUUGGAGACGCUCCCUACCACUUGACUCCUCCUAAACCUUUUGUGAAUUCACUAGAGGGCGUGACUAUCCAAUCCAAAGCCUGACAGGGGCUUGUCCGCACUGAGAGAACAGGGACUUGUUUAAGCACUCCCGUAGUACCGUUUGAUUAGGGUGCAUGAGCAUUUGUUGACAAAUUGACAGUGUAAGAGUUGGGUUGAAAACGCAAAAGGAGGUACAAACACCUUUCCUGGAAUAUAUCCGUGUCUUCAGCGGCUCUGGACAGAAGGGCGUUCUCCUGAAGUGGAACCUGGGGUCAACUUGGCAGAUAUACUGUGGGUGCCGAUGUUGAUGUGUGUAGUGAAGAUUAGGUCCGAGAUAUGUAAUGCACAAGGAAUGUUUAUAGCGGCAAUUUCCAGGUAAUUCUCUGCUGACUCAACAGCAACCAUUGUGGCCAAUUUGAGUGUGUACCUUCAUUUUAUAUCUGAAGGAGAAGUGAAGAAGAUUGUGAAAGUGGCAACAGUACAGCUAUUCUACUGAUUUGACAAGAUUUCUCAAGACUCGUAUGUUUGCUGAAGCGUGCUGUUUUUAAGAAUGAGGAAUUACAGACAACUUCACAAGCUCAAGAAUCAGUGAACCAGCAUACAGUUUUCAGGGUGAUCUGCCAAACAUUAGAACUGGAAGCACUUUUUUUGCAGACUGAUUGGGGUGCUGUUUGGCCCCGCAGUCUUCAUUCAGGUGUAAUCAUGUCCAUGGCACUGAAGCAAGUUUUCAAUAAAGAUAAAACCUUCAGACCAAAACGCAAGUUUGAGCCUGGCACACAGCGUUUUGAGCUGCACAAAAGGGCUCAGGCAUCCUUAAACUCUGGGGUGGAUCUUAGGAGUGCUGUUCAACUUCCUAACGGAGAGGACUUAAAUGACUGGGUAGCCGUCCAUGUUGUAGACUUCUUUAACAGGAUCAACCUGAUUUAUGGGACCAUCUGUGAAUUCUGCACUGAGAAAAGCUGCCCGGUGAUGUCUGGUGGACCCAAAUAUGAGUACCGAUGGCAGGAUGAUCAAAAGUACAAGAAGCCUACAGCGCUUCCAGCACCACAGUACAUGAAUCUCUUAAUGGAUUGGAUUGAAGUGCAAAUAAACAAUGAAGAUAUAUUCCCUACAUCAGUAGGUAAGUAG